GUCACAAUAAACGUGUCUAUUCAAGAUGUCUCUUCUUAUCAAUAUUGUAUUGACCUUUGCACUGCUCUAUCAAGUUUCCGCGCAGUUGCAGUGCCAAGUGUGCCUUUUAGAUUGUACUACCCCACUUACCCAACCGUGCAGCACUGGAGAAAUAUGCUUUACAUCAACCAGCCAAGUAACCACUGAUUCAAAUGCCCCUUCUACCAUCCCCAUCAGAGGUUGCAUUCCACAAACUGUGUGUAAUGAUCUGGAUGCCCUGACCUCGACACAGACCUUUUCAUUUGGCUUGGGACUCACCCGUGUCACCACUGCUGCAUCCUGUUGCAAUACAGCUGGGUGCAAUUCUAAUCAACCACCAGCUCCUAUGAAUACAACAAAGACAGACCUAUCCUGCUUUACCUGCAAUAGCACUACUGAUCAGGUCUGUCUCUCUAAUGUCACUUGUGUGGGAAUAGAAGAUCGAUGCUUUAACGGCUCCGUGACUUUUCCAAAUGGCUUUCCCCUCACAAACAGCAAUUUGAUUCGUGGCUGUGCAUCCAGGAAUGUGUGUCCUGCUCUGCAGGGCCUUGGCAGCUUUGGUAACUUCUCUUGCUGUGAGGAGUGCCUGUGUAAUGAAGCUUCGGACCUUAAACUAAACCUCAGUUUUCUGAUCUUGAGUCUAGUUGGAAUAUUCAUGCACUAGAUUGCAGAUGAUAAUAACAUACUAAUGAAAAUAUGUAUUAUUACUACUACUAUUAAGAACUUAGGAGGUGACUAUUGUCUGAUGUCUGAUUGUCUUUUUUUAAAUCUCAAUAGGACUAUAACUUUGUUGAAUACAGGAAAAAAAUGAAAAUUACUUAUUGCUGUCUCAAUCAUGUGGUAUUUAUUUCUGAUAGCGAAGUGUAUUUACUUCUUUAUGGUUGUAAAUACAGUCUGAAAUAACUCAAGUACUGUUCUUUGCUUUCAUCCUAUUAAACUAAAACCAUCAUGUGCAUAUGCAUAAAUAAAACAUAAUAUUGAACACAA